CUCGUUGCGCCAAAGAAAUAGAAAAGAAAAUUCAAAAGAAGAAGACGAGACCCUAACUCCAUCUCCAUCUCGUUGCGCCGCUGCUUCUCGAUGCGCCGCUGCUGCCGCCUCCAUCUCCGCUUACAGGCUGCUGCUUAUGCCAAUCUUAUAGUUGGGACCCAUGUUUUGUUGGAGGAUUCUAAUGUAGCUUGGAUAGAUGGCGAGGUCUUGGAGAUUAAUGGAGAACAAAUCAAGUCCUUUGCACUUCCGGGAAGACGCUGAGUGCAUUUUUUAAUAUUUGCUCAAAGUUAAUCUUGGCCUUCACAGAUGCAUUUCUCUGUUUUUUGAAUUACUUGUUUUACAUGAAUGUUUUGAUUUGUUUGAAUCUUUGAAGAAUAUUCAUAAUAUGUACAUAUGCACUUUCUUUUAACUCCGAAUUUUAAACUUUCUGAUGCUUUAGAAUUUGUUUAUUGUGUCCCCAUCCUAUGUCUGAUUUGCAAUAUGCAGGUUGUUGUCAAAGCCUAUAGUAUUUAUCAUAAAGAUACCGAAGUUCCACCAUGUGAAGUGGAUGAUAUGACAAAGCUCGCGUACCUGCACGAACACGGAGUCCUAAGUAAUCUGAGAUCAAGAUACGAAAUCAAUGAAAUUUAUACUUACACUGGGAAUAUAUUGAUUGCUGUGAACCCGUUCAUAAAGCUUCCUCAUUUAUAUGAUAGCCAUAUGAUGGCGCAAUACAUAGGAGCAGCAUUUGGUGAGAUAAGUCCACAUCCCUUCGUUGUUGCCGAUGCAGCAUAUAGGCUCAUGAUAAAUGAUGGAAUCAGCCAUUCGAUAUUGGUAAGUGGUGAAACUGGUGCUGGUAAAACAGAAAGUACUAAGUUACUCAUGCGAUAUCUUGCUUACAUGGGAGGGAGAGCGGCUGUUGCUGAAGUAGAAAGAGAAGAAGAUGAGUGGCUGAAAAAAAAAGAUGAAGGAGGGUUGGGUUCAACGUUUUUGAAAAUAGCAGGAGCAGCCACCGCAGCCGCGGCCGUAGUUGGUGGCUUAUACAGUGUCCUAAACCAACCCCAAGUUGAAGGGGCAUCAUUUAUAAUGAAUUACGAGGAGGAGGUGAUACUGAAGGUGGACGGUUCGCUUAAGGAUGGAAAAGCAGGCUGUGGUGGAUACCUAAGCAGCGCGUCAGAGAAAUGGACUUGCGAUUUCGCUUAUAAGUUGGAUCUAGCUCCAAAAGCAAGCGACACAGAUCUUCCAAAAUCAAGCAAAACUGAGAGACAGGCAAUUCUAAGAGGUUUGAUUUGGAUAAAGGGAAAGGGAAAGAUGAAACUUUUGGUGUUAUCAGAUAAUGAAUGGGUUUUGGAUUCUCUUUGCGGAGCUAAGGAGGAUGAAGUUUGACGUCAAAUAAGA